UAAGACAGGCAACAAAUCAGAUUAUGAUGAACUGUGCCGAUAUAGAUAUCAUAACGGCAUCAUAUGUUCCUGAAGGUGGCGAAGAAAUAAAUGCAACAGGGUUCAAUUAUCAAAACGAAGAUGAGAAAGUAACACUCUCAUUUCCUAGUGCCCUACAGAAAGGUCGUGGCAUGUUGAAGAUAGAUUUUGUCGGUGAGCUCAAUGACAAAAUGAAGGGAUUUUACAGAAGCAAGUAUACAACACCAUCGGGAGAAACCCACUAUGCUGCUGUGUCUCAAUUUGAGCCCACAGAUGCACGGAGAGCAUUUCCAUGUUGGGAUGAACCUGCCAUAAAAGCAACGUUUGACAUCACACUAAUUGUUCCAAAGGACAGAGUUGCCUUAUCAAAUAUGAACGUGACUGAGCGUAACCCAUAUCCUGACGAUGAAGACAUGGUUGAAGUCAAGUUCGCCAAAUCGCCGAUAAUGUCCACGUACUUGGUGGCAUUUGUGGUUGGUGAAUAUGACUUUGUGGAAACCAAGUCAUCAGAUGGCAUUCUAGUCCGUGUCUACACACCCAUUGGAAAAGCGGAUCAAGGAAAAUUUGCUCUCGAGGUUGCUGCCAAGACACUACCUUUUUAUAAAGAAUAUUUUAACGUUCCUUAUCCUCUUCCAAAAAUUGACCUGAUAGCCAUUGCAGACUUCGCAGCAGGUGCUAUGGAAAACUGGGGCCUUGUAACAUACAGAGAAACGGCCCUUCUGAUUGAUCCCAAAAACUCCUGCUCUUCGUCGAAGCAGUGGGUCGCUUUGGUAGUCGGCCAUGAACUUGCUCAUCAGUGGUUUGGAAAUCUAGUCACCAUGGAGUGGUGGACCCAUCUUUGGUUGAAUGAGGGUUUUGCUUCCUGGAUUGAGUACCUCUGUGUUGACCACUGCUUCCCAGAAUAUGAUAUCUGGACCCAGUUUGUAUCUGCUGACUACACACGAGCUCUGGAACUUGAUGCCCUGGACAGCAGUCAUCCAAUUGAGGUCACAGUAGGACAUCCUGCAGAAGUGGAUGAAAUAUUUGAUGCAAUUUCUUAUAGUAAAGGAGCAUCAGUAAUUCGAAUGCUGCACAAUUAUAUUGGGGAUGAGGAUUUCAGAAAAGGAAUGAACCUGUACUUGACAAAGUUUCAAAAUAAAAAUGCUGCAACAGAGGACCUGUGGAACUGUUUGGAACAAGCUAGUGGAAAGCCUAUUAAUGCUGUGAUGAGUUCAUGGACAAAACAAAUGGGGUUUCCCCUCAUUUAUGUUGAAGAAAAACAGCAAGGGGACAACCGAAUAUUGAAAAUUUCCCAGAAGAAAUUCUGUGCCAGUGGGCCAUUUACUGGUAGUGACUGUCCUCACUGGAUGGUCCCUAUUAGUAUCUGCACCAGUGAAGAUGUAAGCUGUGAUAGUAUGAAGGUGUUACUGGACCAGCCAGAGAUGACUAUCACUGUGAAGAAUGUGAAACCGGACCAAUGGAUAAAGUUGAACCCAGGAAUGGUGGGAUUCUGCCGCAUUCAGUACAGUCCAACAAUGCUUGAGAGUUUACUGCCCAGUAUCCGGAACCUUACACUCCCUCCUGUAGACCGGCUAGGGCUUCAGAAUGACUUGUUUUCACUGGCUCGAGCUGGCAUUAUUGGCACAGUGGAAGUUUUAAAAGUCAUGGAGGCUUUUGUGAAUGAGCCAAAUUACACAGUGUGGAGUGAUUUAAGCUGCAAUCUGGGGACACUUUCUACCUUAAUGUCCCACACGGAUUUUCAUGAAGAAAUGCAAGAGUUUAUUGUUGACCUGUUCUUGAACAUUGGCCAGAAGCUUGGCUGGGACCCAAAACACAAUGAGGGUCACCUAGACGCGCUCCUGAGAGGCUUAGUCCUUGGAAAGUUGGGAAAAGCUGGGCACCAGCCAACCAUAGAGGAAGCCAGGCGUAGGUUUAAGGAUCAUGUUGAAGGAAAACAAGUCUUGUCUGCUGAUCUACGAAGUCCUGUAUAUUUAACAGUUCUGAAGCAUGGAGACUCUACAACGCUAGAUACAAUGUUAAAGCUACAUAAUCAAGCAGAUCUACAAGAAGAGAAGGUCCGAAUUGAAAGGUUAUUGGGUGCUAUCUCACACCCUGACCUCAUUCAGAAGGUUUUGACCUUUGCUAUGUCGGAUCUGCUCACCACCAGCUGGGAGGGUGCGACAUUCUCAGCCACGGUAUUCUCCAUGAAUGAACCACCGAGAUGAGAUGAUCCACUAACAGGAGAUGCGCUUAUAGGGGGUGUGAGCAGACUACGCUUUGAAAAGAGUAAAUCAAAGAAAAAAUAGUGUUGUUGGAAACUUGACUACUGCAAUAACCUUCAAAUUUGUGUUUUACUUUCUUAGUUACAUUAGUAUAAACAUGCUGGAAAAACAUUAUUGUACGUGGUACAUUCUGUUCUUUUCAUUAAGCUGGACUUUAGUGGGAUUUAUAGUUUGUUUUCAUUUGCAGCUGUAUUAUGAAAAAAAGCCCUAGAGAUUUAGCCCUUGUUUGCCAUAUUGACAUCUUAAAUAGUGGGUUUUAAGUUAAGGUAGAUGAGUUAGCUAUAGAUUCCUGCCCCUGUAAAUGGUAAUGGAUCCUUCUGCUCUGUGCACGCAGUGCACAAACUAGAACAACUGAUAUCACUGCCCCACUGCAUGAGCUUACCUGCCUUUACUGCUGCUGCUUGAAAAUUAUAUUUGAUUUUAUGCUUACAUUUGCAUGUACAGAAACUUAGUGGAUAUAUGUGUAGAUUUAUAUCUGUAAUGUAUUAAAGUCACUUUUUUUAUCACAUUUUACCUGUCAUUUUCACCACUACUUUUUGUCACUAAUAUAAAGCGUCAUUACCUUGUAGCAAUUUAAUUGGCAUUGUUGCUUGUACAUUUUACAAGUUUUGCAUUUAGUACUUGGUUCCUCUUUGUUACAAUUACUUCUUGUAAUACUUUCCUUUUUGCACCUUGCACUUGGGCCCCCGUUGUAUGUACGAAGUGUAUCCUCCAAAUUUUCAUGGAUUUGCAUCUGCUUGCAUUUCCUGCCAACUUGUUCCUCUAUAAACUUUGAAACCCACUUUUAUAGGACAUUCACCUUACCCAAGUCUACACAGUGAGCCACUCUUAAUGUAAUUGCUGAUGGGAAGAUAUAAAGUGAAAUAGUUAUCUUGACAAUUCACAUUAUAAAUGUAGACAUGAGUUUAGAAUGAAAAAGAUGAGAGCAAAGACAGAAUGCUUGACUUCUCAAAGGAGAUUAAAUUGUUUCUGUACAUCCUGGUUUAAUUAUCCAGUGCACCUGAGCCCUGCUUGAUCCAAAGCCUGAUUCCUUAAAUGCAAGCCAUUGAAGAUUGACAAGAUUUGAAUUGGUAGUUAUGGACGUGAUGACUUGGAGAAGAUAAAAAGCUGUAGAAAUCCUUACUUUGGAAUUACAAACACUUUGCAGACAGAAAUAAGCCAUUUUGCCCAAGUGAUCUAUUUGUCAUUUAUACUCCAUGCAAGCCUACCCCCAUGUAGCUAAUUCUAGCAAUACAACCUGCUAUUUCUUUCCACCUUAUGUUUGUCUAGCUUUCCCUUAAAUGCUUUUAUACUAUUCGCCUUCACUACUUCCCACAGUCUUUCCUCUUUUUAGAUCUGCAGGAUUUUGAAAGCUAAGUAAAGUGUUACCUAACCACUUCAAUUCUUUUGUUUUAACCUGGGUGCUAUUCAGCAUAUGGGCAAAGCUACUGGUUUUUUCCUCCAUUGUUAUAGACAAACAUUCUGAAUUUCAGAUACCUAAAAUAAUUCUAAGCAAUAACAGUGGAAUUUGAACUGAUUCUAGAUUGUAAAGCACUGGUCCUGAUUAUGGGGAUUUGCAAAACCUUGAAUAUUAUCCAAAAAAUAAAAUCAUAGCCGAAUUCAAACCCCACGGAAUUGGUUUUAUAAAAUGUCUUGAACAUGGUAUAAGAAAAUUAAACAUUUCUUGCCUUGAACCAGUGGUUUUGUCUUUGUGUUGUUCUGCUUUUAAACCAAAUGCUGGUUGAGUCUGAGAGGGAUCAUGAGAGGGAACAUGGGAGGCAACCAGCAUGAAGGCAAUUAUCAUUCUUUCUUUGCUCCCUCUUUGUCAUUCACCAACUCCCCUGACCACAUAGAAAACAGAUUCUUGUCUUCACGCAGUAUGUCCUAACUUUAUUCUUUAUAGCUACCAGACAGAUGGACAACUUUAAAGCAUGUCUCCUGUGUUUCAUGUUUAUUUCUGAUACUGAAAAUUAUGAAGUAAGGUUGGAAGUCAUUGCACACUGAUACUUGGUGGUUAACGCACUGUGAAACCAUGUGAAGGAGGUCAAGUUAAUGAAUCCUAUUUGUAUGUUGAUUGGCUCACAUUUAGGAAAAGCAGCUGAGGGACCAGAGUCCUCUGAGAUAGGGAAGAUGAGUAAUAUGGGAAAACCACUUGUGAUACCCACUUUCUUCACUUUUUAGGGACGCUGGUUGCUGCUGUAGUGUGUUUUGCUGCAAAGCCUGUGAAUAUCAGCUAAAUACCAUCAGCAACGAUGUCCCGCCACAACUGAACAAACACCACCAAUUAUUGUCUGGAUCUAGACAGGGACAAGUGGCCCACUUGGAUAAGGUGACACAGACUGCUGUGGGUCAUGAGGACCAUACCUCAGCCAAAGUCAUUACCUUUAGUGAAGGAAUGAAAAAAUGAAGAGGUGUUUAAGCCAAUGAGCUAUAAAUAUAUUGUUUGGUUUGUUUCUGCACACAGUGCUUUAGCCUUCGUGGAAUUGAUUCACAGCAAAGGAAGAAAAAUAUUUUUAAAAAUAAAAAGAUUA